CGCCCACCGGCCCCUCUCCCUCCCUCCCUCCCUCUGGUAUUUCUGGGUUCGUAGCACCACACGAAUCUACUACUACUUUACUCCGGAUUUCCAAUUCGACUCUCUUCUUCACCUGAUUUCGGAUCCUUUUCCUUCCACUACAAAUCGCAGCCUUCCUUCCUUCGCUGCGCUACUUCCCGGAGAAGAGAGAUAUACAUGUAUGUACCACUUACUUUCCCGCUCUUCUCCAACUGACUAGUGCGAGCUUCCGUCAUUACCUUUUCUUCUUCCUUUCCAUCCCCUUCGUUACUUUCAGUGAUCCUAUAUUCCCAAAUUUCAGCUGGUCGAGCUUGAUUUCAGCGCGGAACAGAGAGGGAGAGGGAAAAUGGGGAUGGGUUCUCAAGAUGCAAUUGAUCAGCUGAGAGCUUUGAUGGAUCAAGUUGAUGAGCCAUUGAAGCGGACUUACCAGAAUGUCCAUCAAGGAUAUGAAGUGGAAACUCUGCCGCGGUUCCUAAGAGCUCGAGAGUGGAAUGUUGCCAAAGCUCAUAAAAUGCUAGUUGACUGCCUGAACUGGAGAGUUCAGAAUGAGAUUGACAACAUAUUAGCGAAACCCAUUGUUCCAGCAGAUCACUACAGAGGAGUGCGUGAUUCACAGCUGAUAGGGAUGUCUGGUUACUCGAGAGAGGGACUACCUGUAUUUGCUAUUGGUGUGGGGCUCAGUACAUUUGACAAAGCAUCUGUUCACUACUAUGUUCAGUCGCACAUUCAGAUGAAUGAGUAUCGGGAUCGUGUAAUCUUGCCCUCUGCAUCGAAGAAGUAUGGUCGACCGAUAACCACUUGUAUAAAGGUCUUGGAUAUGACAGGCUUGAAACUUUCAGCACUAAACCAAAUAAAGUUAAUGACUGUCAUUUCAACAGUGGAUGACUUGAACUACCCUGAGAAAACGAACACCUAUUACAUCGUAAAUGCCCCUUACAUAUUUUCAGCUUGUUGGAAGGUUGUGAAGCCUUUGCUGCAAGAAAGAACGAGGAAAAAAGUGCAGGUAUUGAGCGGUAAUGGGCGAGAUGAACUCCUAAAGAUAAUGGACAUCUCGUCCCUCCCACAUUUCUGCAAAAGGGAAGGGUCAGGAUCAUCUAAGAACAGCUCGGAGAAAAGCUCUGAGAGCUGCUAUUCGUUGGACCAUCCGUUCCAUCAACAGCUCUACAACUACACCAAAGAGCAAGCGGCAAAGAGUGCACCAACAGGACCAAUCAAGCAAGGAUCUUUCCAUGUCCGUGUUCCUGAGCCAGAGGCGGAAGUCAAAACCAUAGAAUCUGAGCUCCAGAAGUUUGAGAAGGGCAUUCCCAGAGGACUCUCCGGGUGUCUGGAUGCCCUCAAAAUCAACGACUCGGAUUAGACAUGGAACGGUACAUCUAGGAAGAAUGCUUAUAGAAAUGGAUGUAUAAUUUCCCACGCUGGCAGUUUUUCAAAUUACCAUAAGUAGUUACUGCCAUCUGAUAUAGUAGUAAUGCUUCAGACAGAGCAUUUGCAAGGCUUUAGAAUCAACAGCAUUAAGCACGCAGUAAGCACCUUUCUUAUGAUGCUUUUUUCACCAUUGUAAUGAAGUACAUAUGAGGUUUUCCAGCCUUGGGCAGGCAACUUGGGCCAAGCUGAAAUGGAUUUCUAGUCCUUGUACUAUGUUAGCUUAACAAAUACGUCUAUAUAUUAUAAUAAUAAUAAUAAUAAUGUCAUUUCUGGAACUAGUGGCAACUGGCAAGUGAGAGGCAAGAAGGCGGACUGAUAGAGUAAGAGAUGACGGAUCUGGAAGUUGAUGUUUAGGAGUUUUGUUUCAAUUUCACCCCCACAGAAACCCGCUUCCUCGCCGCCGAAGCGCUUGCAGCGAUUUCUUCUGGGCUUACGGCAAUAGCGCAGCGUUGUCGAGUCUCCCAAGUUCACCCAAUCGCAAUUGCGAUUUGCGUGCAGGAAUCUUGGCGCAGUUCA